AUGAUAACAUUCCGCAUCAUACCGCUCUCCCAGGUCGAUGCCUUGAUCGGCCGAGUUGAACUAACGUCUCUUUCAAAGACAAUUCGCGAAUUUGAGGUUCUCCUCGCACUAUGCAAGGCAUCUCCGAAUAUUCGUAGUGCCCAGAGUGCUCAGCGACUUGUUCAUCAGCUCGCCCCUUACAUCCUCGAUGCCCAUGUUCACUCGUUUGUGCCAUCGCCUUAUUUUAGAAAUAUCGAACCCUCCCCAACCGAAGCUCUUGCAUUUCAUACUACUGGUGCACUGUUGGUGCUCGGGAACAGCUAUGAAGAUCUUGAGGAUAAAACUGCUGAAGCCAUAUGGGCUUUUGUCAAUGCUUGCGGCGUGGUAGUGGAGAGUAUUGCGUCACGCCAGGCUGAGGAUGCGGAGACGUCUAAUGUUGAGGAUGCUGUUCGAACUGCGACUGUCGCCGUUGCCCUGCUUGGUUUCAUGGAUGCGGCGUCUGCGCAAGCUGAUUUCUGGAGGGCCGGUGGCCGCUCUGAGGCAGAUUUUAGAUCUGUAGAGUGGUACUCAACUCUUAUUACCGACCAAAUGAACUUUCUUGAGGCUUCGGCAGAUUUUGAUCAGCAGCUUGCCACGUCAUGGCAGCAGAAAAUGGCCUUUGCAGUCAAGGCGUCCUCUCUCAUAGCCUACCUCUGUUGCGCUAUUCUCAACGUUGACGCUGCGGACACCGAAGUGCUCAUGGCCUGGCUCGAGGAUGUCCUUGGUGACCCUGUGCAGAUGGCGGAUGAGGCCUUGGCAGUUACGGUACUGAAAAGCAUGACACUAGUGUGCCGGAUUUCGCCCAUGCUUGCUGGGACUGUGAGCCGUCUGUUGCCUCGGUUCAUCGUCCAGUCUGCUACCAACUCAAGGACCGUCGCAACGGCAGCUAAAUGCCUCGCUUCAGUCUUGCAAAUGCUAUCCAAAGACGCCAUCAUUACUACCCUAUAUACACUCGGGAAUGUCCUCAGUCCGGGUUCUAACCGCGCCGUUAACGGCGCAAAUGAUGACCUCGCGACGGAUGCUGUAGGCGUUCCAGUCUACACUGGUCAGCAUUCCACCGGCAGCUCCAUUUCCCUGCAACUUGAAGGCGAGGAGCACACGGCCGUUGCGUAUGGCAAUGUCGUCCAGGCAAUUUGCGGCAUAGCCGAAGCGUCUCAAGAUGAAAAAUAA